AUGGUGGUGGUCGACGAUGCGAACAAUGGAUGGCGGCACCUCAUCCUACCCAUGGCACAUACGAGCGAGGUGAUGAUGAGUGCUGUCUUGGCCGCCUCGGCAUUCCAUCUCAGCGGUAGAGAUGCGAGCCAAACCAUCGCCGACCCGCACAAACUAUACGGACAAGCGAUCCAAGAACUUCAACGCAGGAGGGACCUUACGGGGUGCGACCGAAAGGCUAAGCAAGUCGUCAUUCUAGCGAUAGUGGUUCUUCUCGUGGCGGUCAUGAUUAACGGAUGCUCUGACUUCCCAAUCAUCUUCCAGAUGUUGGAGUCAGCUCUCGAUGCCGUUGGCGGCGAGGGUGGGCUCCUGGACGGAAGUGAAAUGGCCAAAUUUUCACUACGCCAAAUUCGCAAAUUGCGUGUCUACGCGGCGCCGUUACUCAGCCAAGAUGCUGGGCUGCACGCAAUGAUAUACCGAGCAGAGGAAAGCUUCGAUUGCCUCCACUACUACGAUAGGCUGCACCCGAAGCAAUCGCCCAUGUUUAAAGCCAUCGCCAAUAUCAGACAGCAAGCAUUCAAUAUAUAUCUCGAUCGCGUGCUGUCAAAAGAUGUCGGCUCUGUACCAGAGGGGGCGAUCGAUCGAUUCAUCACUUCGGUUCAGGCAUUCCCGGAAGGGACACCGGGCGAACAUGUGCUCAUCUGGCCCGUGUUCAUAGCUGCGUCUGAGAGCAGCACCCUCGAACACCAGCAGGUAUUUGAAGAGUUUCUGGAGAGACAGUACCACCGAAACGGAUUCUUCAACAUCCUGAGAGGUUUGGAGCUUCUCAGGAAGAUUUGGGCGCGAACUAAUAGCGAGGACUGGCCAGCACUGCUUCCGGAACCACAAGUCUUUAUCAUGUAA